CAGUCCUGUUAAAAUCUCAAAACCUGAGCAUUUGCAGAUAAACCUCCAGAGAGAGUCUGCUGCAGCCUCGAGACACACGGGAGAUCCAGUGACGCUGCAAUGAAAGGAGACACUGCCAAAGUGGGUAUGCCCAAUGGCACCAGUGGAGCCAAGGCCCAGAAGCCCCCCUCGGAGGAGAAGAUGGAGGAGCGGGGCCAAUGGAGCAACAAGAUAGAGUUCAUUCUGUCUGUUGCUGGCUCCAUCAUUGGCUUGGGCAACAUGUGGCGCUUCCCUUACCUCUGCUACAAGAACGGAGGAGGUGCAUUCCUCAUCCCAUACCUCAUCUUCCUGUUCACUUGCGGAGUUCCCGUCUUCUUCCUGGAGACGGCCCUGGGCCAGUACACCAGCGAGGGAGGCAUCACCUGCUGGAGAAAAAUCAGUCCGUUGUUUGAAGGUCUUGGCUAUGGCACACAGGUAAUCGUGACGCUGUUGAACUUCUACUACAUCAUUGUUCUGGCCUGGGGGAUUUUCUACCUGUCCUUCUCCUUCUCCUGGGAGCUGCCGUGGUCGUCCUGCAACAACACCUGGAACACAGAAAACUGUGUAGAGUUCCAGAGGAGAAACACCUCAAUCAACCAAACGCUCGACCUAAACGCCACCUCUCCUGUCAUCGAAUUCUGGGAGAGGAGAGCACUGAGGAUUUCCCCAGGCCUUGACCACAUGGGCUCACUGAACUGGGACCUGGCCCUGUGUCUGCUCAUCGCCUGGGUCAUGUGCUACUUCUGCAUCUGGAAGGGGGUGAAAUCCACAGGAAAGGUGGUCUACUUCACUGCGACCUUCCCCUAUGUGAUGCUGAUUGUGCUGUUGAUCCGAGGGCUCACCCUGCCUGGUGCGGGGAUCGGCAUUCAGUUCUACCUUUAUCCAGACCUGGGACGACUGUCGGACCCUCAGGUGUGGAUGGAUGCUGGCACCCAGAUCUUCUUCUCAUACGCCAUCUGUCUGGGGUCGCUGACCGCUCUGGGGAGCUACAAUAAAUACAACAAUAACUGUUACAGAGACUGCCUGGCGUUGUGCUUCCUGAACAGCGGCACCAGUUUUGUGGCAGGCUUUGCAAUCUUCUCCAUCCUGGGUUUCAUGUCCUUUGAACAGAAUGUUCCCAUCUCAGAAGUGGCAGAGUCUGGUCCUGGGCUGGCCUUCAUAGCGUACCCCCGCGCUGUGAGCAUGAUGCCUUUCUCUCCCCUGUGGGCCGCCCUCUUCUUCAUCAUGAUUGUUUUCCUGGGGCUUGACAGCCAGUUUGUGUGCGUCGAGAGCCUCGUGACGGCUAUAGUCGAUAUGUACCCUGCUGUGUUCAGACGGAAAAACCGCAGGGAGCUCUUCCUGUUGGCUGUGGUCUUCUUCUCCUUCUUUAUGGGCCUCAUCAUGCUGAUGGAGGGAGGCAUGUAUGUAUUCCAGCUUUUUGAUUACUACGCAGCCAGUGGCAUGUGUCUCCUCUUCAUGUCCAUCUUUGAGACGGUCUGCAUCGCAUGGGUCUAUGGUGCAGAUCGCUUCUAUGAUAACAUUGAGGACAUGAUUGGCUACCGCCCAGGACCUUACAUCAAGUACUGUUGGUUGUUCCUCACCCCGGCCACAUGCAUUGGUACGUUCGCCUUCUCUCUCAUCAAAUAUACCCCCCUGAAGUACAACAAUGAGUAUGUGUACCCAUGGUGGGGCUACGCCAUUGGGUGGCUGCUUGCUCUCUCCUCCAUGGUCUGCAUUCCACUUUGGAUGGUGUAUAAGAUCAGUACCACCCAAGGGACACUCAGAGAGCGCAUCCAGUUACUCAUCACACCAUCUGACACCUUACCCAAAACCAAGAGGGAGCAGGAGAGGUUACUGGCCAUCUUUGCGCCGGAGGGAGAAGCCCCCAUGACUAAAAAUGGCUACUAUCCCGUCUCAGAGACCGACUCCAACUUGUGAGGCCCCUGUGGUGAUGCGUAUAGGAAAGACAUGUGGGUUUUGGUUCCAUCCUUGACUUGCUGCACCCUUUGCCUCCAUCUCAAAUAUCACUGCAGGGAAAGAUACAAUAAAGUGUCACAUCAUCCAGUACUUUAAUGCAUAGAUAUGGAGGACUCAGGAGAUAGUCAGCCUCUGGUGCAUUGGGUUUGGCAGCGCCUGUACAUUUCAGUAAUGUGAUAAAAGAAGGAUAAAGACAAAAAGUCAUUUAUUGGAUUACUUAGAAGUUUUAGAAGGGACAAGGGCAUUUUUUCAGGGACAAGAGUUAUUUACUCAAACUAAAAUCUAUUAAGACAUUGGCGUAUGUUGUCCAGCUCUGCUUUUAACGAUGAUGUAAAUAAAUUGAUUCAAGGCCAGUUGAAAUUGAGUCAGCCAUGGUGUUGAGAAUGUUACAGUUUCAUAUCAAGGUUAAUGGCGUUUUCAUCUCAUUCGGUUCCAUCAGAAGUCUAAAAAUAAAUAUUUUAGUUUGCAUAAUAAGGAUGACGUUUGUGCAAAUGUAACAUUACAGCAACAAAAUCAGUACUGGAACAGGUUAACCAUUUGUUGCCACUACAUGUGCAUUACUUUGUGACGCGUCCUUGUGGAUCUGACAUCACUUCAUGGCGACACAGCCAUAUUUGUAUCAUAUAUUGUAUUAUCAUAACACAUCAAUAAACAUUUCCCUUUUGUAUUCCCAAAAACUGAAAUAAAAUGUUGUGUUUCCCAUGGAUAGACGGUGUAAUGAAAGGAUAUAAUGUCAGUGACAAUUAUAACACUGUAGGACUAACAUGACAUUUACAGUGUAGUUUCAUAUGUUGUACUGUAACAUAAUAUGACUGUAAAAAGAAAUGUGAAUCUUGUAAGUAU